CGGAGCUGCUGUGUUGUGAGUGUUUUAUGGCUGCCUGCUCAGCGCGACGCGUAGUAAUCGGUUGUGUGCGUGUACGUACGAACACUCGUCCUUCAGACGCAGCGAAAACCGAACUCCCGCAUAUUCAGCUACUGUUGCUAAAACAAAGUGGCUUCAACCUGGAUACGGCUAACUUUUACAUGCUAAGUGGGACCCGGUCGUCAGGGAGAAUUGACUUCGCCGACCGCCGAUAGUUCUUCUGAACACGCUCAGCGGAAGUCAAACAAGGAUUAAAAGCGACACCCGAGGACAAGUUUUGGGGGCGUUAUAACGGCAAAAAACUACACGAAUUUCACGGGAAAACUACGUUUUGUAACUUUUUUUCCUCGACAGCGGCGCAAACUGCUGUCGCAGUGACCACAUUAACGGCUAAUUUUAGCACGCUAGCUAGGUAACGUUGAGUAACGACAGCGCACAGCCUCCCAGCAACCUGCACGUUACUGCACUUUUUCUAUUAGUCGGCAGUUUGCUACGAACCCUGGCGACUUUUCAGGUCAAUGCCUUUGAUGUUUUUGCAACAGGUAGAUAUUUUGCAUAAACGACAAAUCAGUGAAACCCACUUGGCGCCUAGAAUUUUACCAGAUAGCGUUAAUUGUUACUGGUCUUAGUUUAAUAGCAGGGUUUAAAGCUGGAGGCGAUGCCAUGAGCUGCAGCGUGGCCUUUUUAUUUCGUGUGUUCAGGAAACAAGUUAGCUCAACGAUGCAGAUUUUGGACACCAUCUAAUCCCAGUGCCGACCUGCCAUGGUGGAACCUACAGACUAACCAAAGACUUUGAGCAUUAGACGAGCUUCGAGGCGCAUAUUUUGCUGAUGCGGUAGGAACAGAAACGGAAACCUUUAACUGGAAUAGGCGCACAAUAGCUGGUCUGACGUCUCCUUCAGUGAAUGCAUCAAAAUGUCGGCCAUCUCCGCAUCCGAGAAAGUGGACGGCUUUACGAGAAAGUCCAUGAGGAAAGCCCAGAAACAGAGACGAUCGCAGGGCUCCUCGCAGUACCGCACUCAGAGCGUUCCGGUCGAGCUCUCAACACUGCCACAGCUCAAAGACGCCACCUCCACGGAGCAGCAGGAUCUGUUCACCCAGAAGCUUCAGCAGUGCUGCGUGAUCUUUGACUUCAUCGACUCUGUGACGGACCUGAAGAGCAAAGAGAUCAAGAGGGCCACUCUUGCCGAGCUCGUGGAAUAUGUCUCCACGAACAGAGGCGUGCUGGUGGAGUCUGCAUACCCAGACAUUGUUAUUAUGAUUAGCACCAACAUCUUCCGGACGCUUCCACCAAUUGAAAACCCCAAUUUUGACCCAGAGGAGGAUGAACCCAACCUGGAGGUUUCAUGGCCUCACAUACAACUGGUCUAUGAGUUUCUCCUGCGCUUUCUGGAAAAUCCAGAUUUCCAGCCCAGCAUUGCAAAGCGCCAUAUUGAUCAGAAAUUUGUUCUGCAGCUCCUGGAGCUGUUUGACAGUGAAGACCCAAGGGAGAGGGACUUCCUGAAGACCAUCCUGCAUCGGAUUUAUGGAAAGUUCCUGGGCUUGCGAGCUUUCAUAAGAAAGCAGAUCAACAAUAUUUUUUUACGGUUUAUCUAUGAAACGGAUCACUUCAAUGGCGUCGCAGAGCUGCUAGAGAUCCUUGGAAGCAUCAUAAAUGGGUUUGCGUUGCCUCUAAAGGCAGAGCACAAGCAGUUUCUGAUGAAGGUGCUGAUCCCAUUACACACAGCUAAAGGCCUGUCUCUCUUCCAUCCACAGCUGGCCUACUGUGUGGUCCAGUUCCUGGAGAAGGAUCCUUCGCUCACAGAGCCGGUGAUUCGUGGGCUGCUGAAGUUUUGGCCUAAAACCUGCAGUCAGAAAGAGGUGAUGUUUCUGGGUGAAAUCGAAGAGAUCCUGGAUGUCAUCGAGCCAACACAAUUUAAGAAAAUCCAGGAGCCGUUGUUCAGACAGAUCUCUAAAUCUGUGGCCAAUCCACAUUUUCAGGUGGCAGAGCGAGCGCUGUAUUUCUGGAAUAACGAGUACAUUCUCAGCCUCAUCGAGGAGAACAUCGACAAGAUCCUCCCCAUCAUGUUCACCAGCCUGUACAAAAUCUCCAAAGAGCACUGGAAUCCGACAAUCGUGGCUCUGGUCUACAAUGUCCUGAAGGUGCUGAUGGAGAUGAACUGCACUCUGUUUGAUGAGCUAACGUCCUCAUAUAAAGCAGACAGGCAACGGGAGAAGAUGAAGGAGCAGGAGCGGGAUGAGCUGUGGAAGAAGUUGGAUGAGUUGAGGAUCAGCAACCGCACCCUGGCUCAGAACAACAGCCACGGGCUUCAGAGUGUCCAGAACAACAACAACAAUAACAACAACAACAGUAACAAUAGCAAAGACAAGCAGGACAAGGCUGAUGAUGGUGGUGAUGCUUCUGCUGCUGUCACUGUCACCACAGAUGACAAAAGUCCAGUCAUCACUGAGGCUAAAGGGAGCGCCCCCUGUGCCAAAUGAUACCGGAUUCCAUUUUCUAUUCCAUAAUGUGUUCUGGUUGGUCAAGGAGAAUUACCCAAGACACAGAGAUACAAGUUACACCUCAACAAUAAUGUAUUUAGAGUGACUUAGAGUGCCAGCGUUUCUUCGGCAGCAGAAUAUGUGUGUAUAUUUCAACUUAAGACUAUUUUUUUGAUUUUACAGUCCAGCUGCAGUAAGUUGUCUGAUCAAAGAUUUGUCCUUUCACAUUUAGUUUCUUAACUGAAAAUGAUUUUUCUUUUGUUAUAUUCAGUGUAUGAUACAUGAGGGGAGAACAUAAUAAUGACUUGAAUUUAAUACUUCUAGUUGUGCUGCACUUAGACGAGCCGAAUCGCUAUUUAAAGAUGUCUAUUUUUUAAUGUGCUUUUCUUGUUGCUGCCAACACGUGGGUGCAAAACCUAAGAGAGGAAGAGAACUGCAGAUUCUGGGAACGCUGGGGAGAAAUGGGACCAGAUCUAAAGCAAAAGAAGUCAAUUAAUGUACAGAAAAGGGCUGUUUAGUGUCACCCAUUAGAAUAACAGAACAGAAUAUGUUUAUAGACGAAUAGAUGAAUAACACCAGGCUCUGGUUCUGACUUUAUAUGGGACUUCACACUUGUUAAUUCUGGGAAAAUAUUAGUUUUGGGUGUUAUGGUAAAUAUUUUUCUAUAUCUGGGUGAAACCAUGAAGCUUAUAGUUGUAACAUGUUACCUGAGUUUAUAUAAAUAUUUACACUAAAGUAUUGAGAGAUGCCUCAGAACGAGAUGUUGGAAUUAAAGGAGUGAGAAGAUUGACUGUACUGUAAAUAUAAAUGUACAGUUCGUUAUGAGAGUUUAUCACUUCUCAUCUCUAAUAUCUCCCUAAAUGUCUAAUGACUCAUUUUAAAGAGCUGUUUUGAAAUGAGACCUACAGUACUAUAUUUUUCUAGAGUAUUGAUGAAGCAGAUAUUUUUUUUGAAUAUGUCGUUUUGCAGGUGGAUUUUAAUGUGCUUGGUUACCUACAGUGUGUUAGUUGGGAGGCUACUUAAAGGGAUAUCCCACUCAAUUAAAGAUUAUUUCCUAAACCACAAGCAUUAUAGGGGAGUGCAGUCAGCACUUGUAUAAGAGCUGUAAAAAAAUCCACCUUACAGCACCAACUAUUUAGAAUAUAGCAGGGUGAUCUCCGUGAAAUUAGUUUUUCUAUCCAAAGAAAGCUCAUGAUGAUGGCAGACACACUUAGGCACACUUGAGUCUCACAUGACUGUUUUUUAAAAUAAUCGUAACCAUCAAUGCCUUUUCUCUGUCGCCGUUGUCCAGACUUUACAAGCCCACGUUUGCUUCUUCUCCUGCGUCUGUGUUGAUUAAUGUACUUUGACUGCCAUAGAUACGAGCUGAGCUCUGUCCGAGCGUCUGCCGUUGUUACUCGUAGGUUCAUUCUCUAGGGCCACUCUCUUCCGAUGCCUUUCUGUCAGUACAGCAUUCCAACCUCUGUGAAGUAAAGAGCCGCGUCGGGAACCUGUUUUGUAAUUGCAGAUCUUAUUUAGGUUUCACCAUCAAAUAAAGUCGACUUUAUCUUUCUA